UAAAUCAUUACGCAAGGACAAAUUAUUAAGAAUCAGAAGAAACCCUCAUUUCUUGCUCGUUGAUUAGCUUGUUUUUGCCUAAUAAUGGGGCUCCUCAGCAUCAUCCGAAAAAUCAAGCGAAAAGAGAAGGAAAUGCGUAUAUUGAUGGUGGGCCUUGAUAAUUCUGGAAAGACAACAAUUGUUUUGAAGAUAAACGGGGAAGAUACUAGUGUUAUCAGUCCUACACUUGGUUUUAAUAUCAAAACCACCACUUACCAAAAGUAUACCUUAAAUAUAUGGGAUGUUGGGGGCCAAAGAACUAUAAGAUCUUAUUGGAGGAACUACUUUGAGCAAACUGACGGCUUAGUUUGGGUAGUUGACAGUUUGGAUCUUCGAGGUUUGGAUGAUUGCAAAAUGGAACUUGAUAAUCUUUUGAAGGAAGAGAAAACUCAGAAUUCAAGAAGGGAAAACUUGAAACAAAGUAUUAAAAGAUGAGAAAUGAAUUCCAAUUACCUGAAGAUGAGAAGAGGAAGUGGUUGCAGAGGGGAAUUGGAAGAUAAAAGGAUGGUGAGUUUGGUAAUGCAUUAAAUGAGAGACGAAAUCGUCCGUGGAUUUUAUAAGAAAGCUUCUUUCUUUCUUUUCCGUCUGUGCGGAUAAAUUUGUUUCCUUUUUAAGUAAAUUUUUUACUUCACCUUUUCUCUAUCUUCUGGAUUUUAUAUAAAAUGUACGUAUUUAUUUUAAUUUUAUACGGUUUUAAGUGUGUUGUUAACGCGUA